GUCUAUUAUCCCUUCCACUAACUAGUUGUCGAUUUUUUUCGUGGCUUAUCUCGACGGCGCCGCCGAUGGGUUGAUCGUCCCAGCAUGCAUACGUACGAUGCACGCUUCCCAGUUCGGAAUGGGGGAUUCGGCGACUCCUCGGGUACCGUAUGUAGGCUCAACACGACUUUUAACUGCGCGUAUAAGUGUCGCGAGACUCCCACAUUGAAGGAGGAGAGAGACUGGCUACCCAAGUAGAGAGCUUCGAGACAACCUGGAUUUCCAAUACCAAGAUGCACCAACCAACCGAACGCGCCUCGGUCGAGGCCGAAGACAAGGCCCAACCACGACUCUCAGAUGUUGACGACACAGCGCCCGAGAAGGGAGAGAUCGCCAACAUUUCUGCUUCUCAGAGCAUCGACCCCGAGGCGGAACGACGAAUUGUCUGGAAAUUUGAUCUUCGGAUUCUGCCUUUGCUGGCUGUCAUGUAUUUGUUCAACAGUCUCGACAAAAGCAACAUGGGAAAUGCGAAGACGGCCGGUCUCGUUGACGACCUUGGACUCGUGGGCAAUCAGUACAACAUCCUGCUUUCGGUCUUCUUCAUUCCUUACGUCUUGGCCGCUCCUUUUCUAGGACUUCUCGGCAAGAAGUUUGGCCCUUCUCGAAUUCUGCCUUGUAUGAUGAUGGUCUUCGGAUCAAUGACUUUGCUUACCGCGGCUGCGCACAACUUUUCUGGGUUGUUUGCUCUGCGUUGGUUUUUGGGAAUGUCAGAGAGUGCCUUUUUCCCUCUAGUCAUUUACUACCAGACAACCUUUUACCGACGAGGUGAACUUGCUCGGAGACUCGCAAUUUUCUACGCAGGAUCCGGCAUCGCAAGCGCUUUCUCUGGUCUUCUUGCCUUCGGCACUUUCCAAAUCGAAGGCGGCGCGUUGCCCCCUUGGAAGUACCUCUUCAUUGUGGAAGGCUCCGGUACUUUGAUUGUGGCUUGUUUUGCUUUCUGGUAUUUGCCAUUCAACGGUGCCACCGCGAGCUUUCUCACAUCCGAAGAGAAGGAGCUCGCGCAUUAUCGACUGCAGAUGGACUCGUCUUCCAUCGUUGGCGAGGAGUUCAACCUGCGUGAGGCCGCCCAGAUUUUCAAGCACCCGACCUCUUGGGCAAUUCUCCUGAUUCAGGUCUGCCUCGGUGUUCCGCUGCAGGCCGUGCAGCUUUACCUGCCCGUCAUUGUGAAGCGCCUCGGAUAUAGCACCAUCAAGACCAACCUGUACACCGUGGCACCCAACAUUACCGGCGCCGCCAUGCUUCUUAUCCUUGGAUUCGUUUCCGAUUUCACGCGACUGCGAUCCCCAUUCGUGGCUCUGGGUUUCGCGUUCACCUUGACUGGCUUCAUCAUUUAUGCUUGCGUCAACGUCGAGACACAGUUGCACGUUGCCUACUUCGCCUGCUUUAUGAUGACUUGGGGAACAUCAGCCCCCUCGGUCCUACUGGAUGUGUGGUACAACAACAACAUUGCCAACGAGAACCGACGAAUGAUGCUUACCACCGUUGCUGUCCCAACAGCGAAUGUCAUGGGCCUAGUAGCGUCGAACAUUUUCCAAGAGAAGGAUGCCCCCAAGUAUCUGCCUGCACUUAUUACGACCGCUUCAUUCGGUGCAACGGGCUGCGUUUGCACAAUGCUUCUGGGCCUGUGGAUGGUCCGUGAUAAUAGAAGCCGAGAUGCGAAGGAGGGUGUCAAGGUGAAAGCAAAGGAUAUCCCCACUGAACUCCUCGCGUCAGGACCUGAGAGCCCUUCGUACAGAUGGUACCUGUGAGGCGUUUGAUGACGUGCAAUAAAAUUUGAUAGAGCGGGACAUAUGGAGGUUGUAUAUAGUCACACUUAUUAUGACAAAACAUGGAUUAGAAUGUGAUUUUUUGUGUUAUGG